CAGAAGCGAUUGAGAAGGGGGUGUUCGCUGUGUGUGGCCGGCUCAGCCCCGGUGGGCGGGGCCGCUGCGGGGGCUAGAGAGUCAUAUGACCCGCGCAGAGCCAGGCUGAGCAAUUCCAAUAUGGUGGCCAGCUUGGCAGGUCUACGGUUCCUGUUGAUGAUAUUGUUGUUCUGCGGGAUCAGGUACGGCGCCUGCAGCCAGGGAGCCCCGCAGGUUCUGGGGCUGCGACUGGAAGACCCGGCGGGCCUGGUGUACAUGAAGGAUCGCAUCGUCUUGGCGCCAGUAGGAGCGACGUUCAAGCUCCGUCUCUUCGGGGCUGAUCUGAAUGGCAGUUGGCCGUGGGUGGCGUUCGCUUGGGCGGCUGGCGGAGCGGCCGGGGCGGUCGGGGAUGCGCCGGACCCGUGCGAGCAGGAGUCAAAGCGGCAGGAGUCCGCCUUCCAGGUGACGGGAGAGUUCACCCCGGAUGAGGACCACGGCGGGCUGCUGACGGUGCAGGUGCAGCACAGGAGCGAGCAUACCCUCCACCACCUGUGCGUGCUUAGCGGGGGGAAAUGGGCAUCUGUGGGCCCGGACAGACUGCGCGUAAACACCGCCAGUUUGCCAGCAGACUACAUCCCGCCGUGGGGGCUGGCCGUGCUGAUAGUGCUGCUGCUGCUGGUCUGCGGGCUGCUGAGGACGGUCAACCUGAGCCUGCUGUGGCUGGACCCUCUGGAGCUCUACGUCCUCCACAGCUGCGGCUCCGAGGAGGAGAAACGGGCCGCCAAACGCCUGGAGCCCAUCAGGAGGAGGGGGAACUUCUUGACAUGCUCCCUGCUGUUCCUGUGCGCUGUGGGACACUCGGUCCUGGGUGUGCUGCUGUACCGGGCGCUGGGCUCCAUCGUCUCGGCGGUGUUCACCAGCGGUUUCCUCAUCUUCUUCCUGGCUGAGCUGGCGCCUCACAUCCUGUGCUCCGGUUACGGGUUCCAGCUGGCGCCGGCUCUGACCUGGCUGGCCCAGGUUUGUAUGGUGCUCACCUGCCCCCUGUCCUGCCCUCUGGGGCUGAUCCUGGACCUGGGGCUGAGGAGGGACAUCAGCACCUGCGGGAUUAGAGAGAGAGCCAUGGAGAUGAUCCGCACGAGCGUCAAUGACCCUUACAGUGAGUUUGUGAAGGAGGAGUUCAGCCGCGGGGCGCUGCGCAGUAAGACGGUGGAGGACAUUCUGACUCCGCUGAAGGACUGCUUCAUGCUGCCCAGCACGGUGGUCCUGGACUUCUCCACCAUGUCUGAGAUCAUGCAGAGCGGAUACACGCGGGUGCCCAUUUACGAAGAGGAGAGGUCCAACAUUGUGGAAAUCCUUUAUGUGAAAGACUUGGCUCUGGUGGAUCCAGACGACUGCACCCCAAUGACGACGAUCACCAAGUUCUACAAUCACCCGCUGCACUUUGUCUUCAACGACACCAAACUGGACGCCAUGCUGGAGGAGUUCAAGAAAGGCAACUCUCACAUGGCCAUCGUCCACAAGGUGAACAACGAGGGGGAGGGAGAUCCUUUCUACGAGGUGCUGGGAUUGGUCACCUUAGAGGACGUCAUCGAGGAGAUCAUCAAAUCAGAGAUCCUGGAUGAAUCCGACGGCUACCUGGACAGGAAGGUGAAGCGUCCUCUCGCUCCGCUGGAGAUUCCUCUGGAGCCUCGCAGCGUCCACGAGGAGUUUUCUCUUUUCAAGCCUCCAGAAGGAGAACCCAAGAUCCGCACUUCACCGCAACUCCUGCUGGCUACACACCGCUUCCUGUCCAGAGAAGUGGAGCACUUCAGCCCCGGACGUGUGUCGGAGAAGGUCCUGUUCCACCUUCUCCGUCACCCCAGUGUCAACCAGGAAGUGCACUUUGACCCCGGCAACCGGCUGAGCCCAGGCCACUAUCUGUACACACGCAACCACCCGGUGGAUUAUUUCAUCCUGCUGCUGCAGGGUCGUGUGGAGGUGGAGAUCGGCAAAGAGGGGCUGAAAUUUGAGAACGGGGCGUUCACAUACUACGGUGUGUCUGCUCUCACGCUGCCAUCUUCAGUGCACCAGUCUCCAGUGUCGACCCAGCGUCACUCUCCCAGGGAUCCCUUCGAGUCAGCAGACGCUACAAGCCCGUCCAGCUACUGUCCCGACUACACCGUCCGAGCUCUCACUGACCUACAGCUCAUACGGGUGACACGUCUCCAGUAUUUGAACGCUCUCAUGGCGUCCCGCACCGGUCAGAGUCCAGAUCCUCCUGAGAUUAAGAUCCUGCCCAACAGUCAGACCAAGCUGCUCAACGACAGAAACACCACACAAGCCCUUUUUGACAUCAUCAUCAUCCCCCUCGCUCACCUCAGCUCUCCUCUCAUUGGUCGGGUUCCACAGGUGGCAGUACAGCCCAGGAGAGCUCCACAGAAGAGGAGGCUCGUGGGUAGUGCAGUUCUGUCUGCCUGCUGUUAAACAAAAAAAAAAAACAAGAAAAAAAAACAACCCUGCACCGAGUGCAGAUUUUUGUUUCUGUUAGUUUUUAUUGAUGAAUCAUCUAUGGCUGGAACGUAGUAAUUGGACAAGACUGGAGUGAUUGAUGUUGUCGUCUGUACAUCCGCUGCAUUCCCAUCUGCAUCCCCCCAUUCCUUUAUAUACUUUUCAUUGAAAUUAUUAUUUUAUGUUGUUUUAUACACUUUGGACAAUAUCUGUGUGUGUAUAUAUAUGUUGAUUUGGUGGUGCCUUUCUUCCAGGUUUAGCCUUCCAUACUAAACUCUGCAUUGCCAUUCCUCACUUUUAUGUCUGGGUGCCAAAGCUACAUGUUUAUGUUUGUUUGUGUGUGUGUGUGUGUGUGUGUGUGUGAGUGUGUACUGAAGCAUCCGUCCAUUUGAGACACUAAACACACAAGUUGGUUAAAAGCAGCUUUGCACAUUAAAUUUGUGCACUGUUGAUAGUUUUAAGAUGUUUUAAAAGCUGUAAGGUGUCUUCAUACCUUACAAAACAUUAUUGCUGUCAUAAGCACAGUAGAUCUGUGUUUAUAGCCAAAAAAGAAAAAUCAUUUUCACAUAUUCCAGUUCAGAAAGUCAGAGGGAAAGGACUUCCAGCGUGUCCCAGAAUAGAAUAAUAAGACAUUACAAGCUCCUUGUUAGCAAAGACUUUUAUUACAGUUUACAGUUUAUGACAGUUUAUUAUGGAUGCAAUCAGUAUUUUUAUAAUAAUAACGUCUUAGCUGACAGCGUCAAGGCUCGUAGUGAUGAACCCACAGAGAAUUAUCAGUGACUCUGCAGCACCUCUCGGCUUUACAGAGCUUUAUAGUGA